CGUCCAAAUUUCCGAUCGCUCGAAGUUCAUAGUCUAUAUCGUAGGUUCUCUCUAAAGGAAAACAUGGUGAAGUUACAUUAUUUCAAAAAUCAACGUUACAGCAAGCUUAAGGGACAAUGCGAAAGAGAUGAAAGACUUUUUGUGGAUCCUGAAUUUCCGCCCGAGACGAAAUCAUUGUACUUUAGUCGAGCGACACCUCCCGAGCACGUAGAAUGGAAGAGACCCAAGGACAUCUGUACUCCUGACCCACCUCAGCUGUUUGUGGAUGGAAUGAGCAGCCAUGAUGUCACCCAAGGAAAACUUGGGAAUUGUUGGUUUGUUGCAGCAUGUUCCUCAUUGGCUUUGGAGCCAUCUCUGUUAGAGAAGGUGAUUCCAGAUAUAAAGCAUCAGGAGUGGGACCCUGAAAAUGUUGGUAAUUAUCAAGGAAUCUUUAGGUUCCGGUUCUUCCGUCAAGGUCAAUGGACUGAAGUUGUCAUCGAUGAUCUUCUACCAACAAUUGCUGGAAAACUGGUGUACAUCCACUCGACAGACAAGAAUGAGUUUUGGAGUGCCCUGGUGGAAAAAGCAUAUGCUAAAAUGGCAGGUUCAUAUGAAGCAUUAGAAGCAGGUAAUACUGGUGAUGCCUUAGUAGAUUUCACUGGUGGAGUCUGUGAGUCGAUCAGCCUUAAGGAUGGAGGUUACAGUCAAGAUCAGGAGAAGAGACUGGUCUUGUUUAAAAGUAUGCAAAGAGCAAUGCGAGAUAAAUCCCUGAUUGGUGCUUCAAUAAGAAUCAAAAAUAGAGACGAGAUGGAAAAGCGCACAGAGACUGGUUUAGUUAUGGGACAUGCAUAUGGUGUCACAGCAGUAAAGAAGAUCACCAUCGGUGAGGGUCUUUUUAGUCUGUUCAAUCGACAACAUCUUUACAUGAUUCGUCUGAGGAAUCCUUGGGGUCAAAAAGAGUGGAAUGGACCUUGGAGUGAUGACUCUGAAGAGUGGAAAAAGCUUAAAUCAAGUGAUAGAGAAAAACUUGGGAUUGUCUUUGAGAAUGAUGGAGAGUUUUGGAUGUCUUUUGAAGACUUCUGCUCACACUUCACCAAUGCCACCUUGUGCCAUGUCAUCAACACAUCAAUCUUUUCACUCUCAAACAGAUGGCAUGUGUUUAAACACAACUAUCAGUGGUCACCAGGCUCCACUGCUGGUGGGUGUGUUGAAAAUAGAAGCACUUUCCUGAAGAACCCACAGUAUGCUUUCACUGUCAAAGAGGAGGGAGAAGUGAUGAUCUCGCUGAUGCAGGAAGACACAAGAAAAGCGAAAGAACAUGGCGCAGAAAAUCUCACCAUUGGAUAUUUUGUCAUGAAGGUGGAAGAGAACAGAAAGUAUCGGUUACAUACGAUGUUUGAAAAAGCUGGAGAUUCUAUCUUCAUCAACGCACGAGAAGUGGUGAACAAGUUUCACUUUAAGAAAGGAAGAUACGUGGUGAUACCAUCCACAUACGAGCAAAACAAAGCUGGGCAAUUCCUGAUGAGAAUAUUCACUGAAAAGUCCUCAAAAGCAAUGUAA